CUGCCUACGUUCCCGCCUCCUCGCGCAGCGCUGAGGAGAACGGGCCGCUCCCGUCCCGCCGGGACCCACAGGCCGCGCUCCGGCCCCGCCGCCACCGUCGGAAGUGAGGUCGCGGCCCGGGCGGGGCCUGGGCCGGAAGCGAGUGAGGCCGGGUUGCGGGUGCUGAGGAGCCGGUGGCCGAUCCCGCGGAGCGGUUCCGGGCAGCAUCAAGAUCCGUUUUGCAUAGAAAUAAGUGGUUCCCAGAGGACAGCCUCAAUGACAGAACUGUCGGCGCAUUUACCCCAGUUCCAGCAUGGGCAGCUGACAGAAAACUUCCCUGAUAACCACCUCAGCAACACCGUGUUACUGACCUUUUAGCUUCAGAAUUUUCACUUUUAACUAUGUCUGAGGAAAGUGAAGAGUCUGUUCCUUUGCUCGCACUUCAGCAGGAGUCCAUGGCCUCUGCUCUGUUUAAUACCGAUCAGAAUGAUAACAGUGAAAGACGCCGCCAUGAUAAUAGCGAGCGCCGAAGAAAUGACAAUCCUGGGUCUGAGACGAAUGGGCAGCCACAGAACAACAUUCAGCAAGUGGUGGAUCAGGAUGAAGAAGAAGACGAGGAGCUGACACUGAAAUAUGGGGCAAAGCAUGUGAUUAUGUUGUUUGUACCUGUCACACUUUGCAUGGUGGUCGUUGUUGCAACCAUCAAGUCUGUCAGCUUUUAUACGCGCAAGGAUGGACAGCUUAUCUACACUCCCUUCACAGAAGAGACAGAUACCAUUGGACAGAGAGCCCUGAAUUCAAUUCUCAACGCUGCAAUCAUGAUCAGUGUCAUCAUUGUCAUGACCAUACUCCUGGUUGUGCUUUACAAAUAUAGGUGCUACAAGGUGAUCCAUGGUUGGCUUAUAAUUUCUUCUCUUUUGCUGCUUUUCUUUUUUUCUUUCAUCUAUCUUGGUGAGGUUUUUAAGACGUAUAAUGUUGCCAUGGACUACAUCACAGUGGCACUCAUCAUCUGGAACUUUGGUGUUGUGGGGAUGAUUUGUAUUCAUUGGAAGGGCCCGCUUCGGCUUCAGCAGGCAUAUCUCAUUAUGAUAAGCGCUCUCAUGGCAUUGGUGUUCAUUAAAUAUCUUCCUGAAUGGACUGCAUGGCUUAUCCUGGCUGUCAUUUCAGUGUACGAUUUGGUUGCUGUCUUAUGUCCUAAAGGUCCUCUUCGUAUGUUAGUUGAAACAGCUCAGGAGAGGAAUGAAACACUCUUCCCAGCACUUAUUUACUCCUCAACAAUGGUGUGGCUAGUGAACAUGGCUGAGGAAGAUCCAGAAGGCCAACGGAAAGCUUCUAAAAACUCCACUUACGAUAAACAAGCUCCAGCAAACCAGCCUCAGAAUGAAGAUGCUGAAGCAGAUGACGGUGGCUUUAGCCAGGAGUGGCAGCAACAAAGAGACAAUAGGAUAGGACCCAUUGAAUCAACACCUGAAUCACGAGCUGCUGUUCAGGCUCUACCUAGUAACUCUCAAACCAGUGAAGACCCUGAAGAACGAGGAGUAAAGCUAGGUUUAGGAGACUUCAUUUUCUACAGUGUCCUGGUUGGCAAGGCCUCUGCAACGGCAAGCGGGGAUUGGAAUACAACUUUAGCAUGUUUUGUAGCCAUAUUAAUUGGUCUGUGCCUUACACUUCUGCUUCUUGCCAUCUUUAAGAAGGCCUUACCAGCUCUUCCAAUCUCCAUUACUUUUGGGCUAGUUUUUUACUUUGCUACAGAUAACUUGGUGCAGCCCUUUAUGGACCAGCUAGCAUUCCAUCAGUUUUAUAUCUAGCACGCUUGUUGCUGAUACUUUAUGUAUAUUUGUAUUUGUAGCAAAUCUGGGAGGAGGAGAAACAUCUUUCCCUCAGUUCUCAAGUGAAACUGAAGUUUAAUACUCAAGAUUCUAAGCCUGAAUCAUUACAACUUCCUCCAGUUUUUUGUUAUUUUUCUGAGACAAGUGCUGCUUUGGGCACCACGUGAAUUUUCCUGUGCAAAAGUGGUUUCUUCCUGAUGACCGGUCUAAACCGGGUGUUGUUAUAUCAGAGGUAAUCUGAUAUACAUAUCUCUGGCAAGGACCACCUGUGUGUAAAUGGCUAAUGCUUCCACCAGCAAUGUGAUCUCUACCACAGGCUGAUUUUUUUCAAAGCAUUAAGGGUGCUCAGGACUUCCUUCCUGUUGACAGAGGAAGCUGACAAAUCACCUGGAACUUGUCCCUGUAAGCCAACAGUGAUUCUUUGACAGCUGAUUCUGACUCUGCUUUGUGAAAAGGGAGAAGAACUUAGUAGCAAUUCAACAAAAGAAGAAAAUACUGUUGCGUUCUAAGAGUGCUCCACCAGUUCAUAGCCCCUGUGCCCAGAUGUGCUUGGUUUAGUACAUUUGAACUUUUUUUUUCCUCCCACACUGGAAGUGGAGCCUAUUCUGGGUUUUCUUUGUAUUCUCAAGCAUGGAGUGCAUCUUCUGUACACCUGCUUCAGUUUAUGUAGCUAUUUGAACUUGGACUGAAUUAUAUGGCAGAAGGGUUCACAAAAUUGGAUGUAAGAUUCUUAAAAGUUGGUAAAAUACACUGAAAGGCAAUUUUAGGAUUUAUUGUUUGUGCUCUUGCGAAUAAUUUUGCUAGAUCACCACUUCAACCUCUGUUCUUGAGAGUAGCCACUAACAGCAUAGACUGGAUUGUUGUUAUACGUUUGUUCUAUUGAGAUUUUCAUGAAAUAAGUAGAUGUUCACAACAGUUCCAGAUGGAGCUGAGCUUACCAGAUCUAGAGGCCAAAGUGCUAUCAAAAACACUUGUAAUGUUUCGCUAAAAUUUUUAAAAAAACAUGUGCUUUAUAGUUCUCUUGACCUGAAUGUUGGUCAUUCAACCAUCUGAGACCAAGAUUGAACAGGGAAAUUUUUUUUCCUGAGGAUACUUAAGUUACUUGAGACGUUAUUUAAUGUUAUGAAGGAAGAAAAUCUGUGGCCCUCUUCAAUUUAAUUACCUCUCCUGUGUGGAAAAGAAGAUUGGACAAAUGAAAGAUGACUCAAAAUCACUGGAAAGAAGAUAGAAGAUUUUGAACAUCUUACAAGAAAAAGAAUUGAAUCUAACCUUCAAACUUCUAAAUUCUAUUUUGUUCUUCAUUUGAAAGAACUCAUGCAUAAUUGCUUGGAGAUGAGAUCUGUAUGAAAUGAAUUGUUUUGUUUUUUACUUUUUGGAUACUCUUGAUGGUCAUUCUGUUUUACUUGCAUUGUGAUACUGGAGUCCUUGCCAGGUAGGACAACUGCUAAAAUCCCGACACAAACUCUUUUUGCCCCUUUUGCUUGGGGCUUUGUGUCAGUGCCUAUAGAUUCAAAGGAUUGAAAUACCACAGAUGCUCACCAACCAUUGCCCAAGUAAGGGAAGAAGGACAAUGAUGUAUAAAUCUACUUUAAAACCAAGAAAGAUUUACUUUCUUUGAUCAUCUUUGAAAAUAUUUGUCUUUUUCAGUAUGAGUUGCUAACUGCAGUGUUAGCAUAAAAUGUAUUGUCUUGUCUAAAGUACUUUUAUUCAUCUCAUUUGUGUGCUGAUUCAUCUUGGAUAGCAUUAAUAAAAUAACAAUAUGAAAAUUCCUUACAUUGACUUUUCAAGGCAAACUUGCUUGUGUUUUCUAGCUUAAGUCAUUUUCCAUAUUUUGCUGAAACGAAGCCUAUCUUAAAACAGGCUUUUUUUCACUUGGAAGAAUCAGAAAGGCUUUUUAUGUGAUUGUAACUUGCUCUCUUCCUGAGCAUUAUAUCUAAGAAAAUUUCCCUUGUGUAUUUUAUUGGGGAUCCUAACUAUUGCUUUAUUGUACAGAAAUGGUUUGCUAAGAGUUAGCACUGUUAGCAUCUGUUUGCAUAUCUGAGCCAAGUCUCAGUUAAGAGUUGUUAUUGAAAAUCAACAGUCAUCCUUAUUAUUUGUUUUUACUGUUUUAAAUGUAUACCGUUGGAGUAUUUACUCCAUUAAGAGAUGCUUUAGAAUCCAUAGAAAUACACAGAAGCCUUUCCACAUACUUGAAUGGAUUUUAGAUGUACAACCUGAGGAAGAGUGAUAGUUGUUUAAUGCAAAGAAUCUUCAAACACUAAAUUCCAGUCUUACUGUUCCUAGAGCUGUUUCUACUAUUCCAAAUUCUUAAUUUCUGAGCUGGUCUGAUGUUACAGUGCUGGAGACUAUAAAAUACAUAGUAACAGAAGCUGUUGUUCAAGUUUAUGAGUUUGAAUCUCAGAUUCAGAAGGGAAAUCUGAUUUUCAAGCCUAGACCAAUAUAUAUGUUACGAUACAUGGCUUAUUACUGAGCCUUACAUGCAUUUUCAAAAAAGAAAUGUCAAAAACUAUUUGAAAUUUUCUGGAUUUGUCCCCUUAUGCUGAAGCAUGGUACACUGUGUUCCAAAUGAGAUUUGAAACUAAAGAUGAUCUUAGAACUUGAGUCCAUAAGGUGCAGUUAAGAAGUGUUUGUUCACAUUUGAGUUGUUUGAGUUGUUAGUGUGAAAGUUGUAUCACUUUUCUCUCCUUUGUCUUCAUGCACCGAUCUAAUUUGGAAUUGUGAGCCAUUUUAACUUGGUUGGCUUGGCUUAACUGAAAGAGUUCUGAUAUUUAGUCUGCAUUUUUGAAAGAGUUGUUUGCUAUUAUUAAAUUAGUUGGGUAAUUACAGCACAUUGGACUGUAGCUCUGAAAGACCUACUGUUUAACCCCAGUAGCUAGAUGCAUCUAUUUUGUGCUCCAGGCAGACUAACUAGUAACUGCUGUGACUUCUUUCAGUAGUGGUACUUUGAAACUGAUUAUCUUGAUAGUUUUCUCUCCCCCUUCAGCUUAAAUUAGUGAUUAGUCUCCUUGCAAAGCUACUGCAAAUAAAUACAUGAAAAAACAUAGCACUAGCAAAUUACAGAUUUGCCUAAAAACAGCCACUUUCAUUUCUCUUUUUAGCAUUGAGGAUUUAAUCUGGAGCAAAAAGAUGAGAGAUCCCCAGGAACUGUUAUAGCAAAGGUGUAUGAUGCUGUUAUAUCUAUGGAUGGCUAUUAAUAUGACUCCCAAAUUCAUGAGAUGUAUGUGAGGUGAGUCUGGAAGGUACACUUGUAUAUUGCAACACAUUCAGAACAGUUCUUGACUGAACAGAUAAUUAUAGUGACUUUAAGCCAAAUAUUCAAGGGCUGUGCUUUACUGAAAAUGGCACAUCUCCUAAGUGUGCAACAUAGAUUCUGGCUCUGUAAGGCAUAGGAGACUGGUGCUUCUUGGAUAUGUAGAUAUGUAUCUGUACUUGUAUGCACUCUGGACCUGUAGAUAACAACUGUUCUGCCAUUACUACAGUGAAGAGUUAAAUAUGCUGGUACAGUGAACUUUGGGUGGACGGUACUGUAUGAAGAAUAUUCUGAAAAUGCUUUAUUUAAAAUAAAAAAAAAGUAUUACUUUCGUCAAUUAUGCUAUUCAUAUGAGUAUAAUAGACUGUGGAACAUGUCUGCACUGUGAUUAAAUCUUGGUGGUAACUCGGUCAUUGGAAAUGCUGAAACAUGAACUAGAAUGGAGUUCUUUUACACUCAAAGCAUUUGCUGUUUUCAUUUUUACAAACACUGGUUUAUACAUAAUCUGAAUUGAAUGUGAAUGUUUUUUAAACACCUUUCUGGUUCUUAAUAAGAUACAUUUUUGAUAGAUUACUGCAAAAUUUCCUGUAUUUGUUUAAUUAUUAAAAUAAAAACUGCAUGGAUCCUGA